GGGAGAACUGGAUAGAAGAAACCGGAGACAAUCUAACCCAAAGGCCAAAGCACACAGAUAAUUUACAACAAAAAUACAUAAUAAAUAUAACACACCAUUUCUACAAGCACCAAAACGAAGCCACGCUCAAUUUUCUCAUUUCUUCGCUGACUCCGUCUCUCCUCCACUGCACCACACCCACCGCCACCACCGCCGGUCCCAUCACCGUCGCGAAGCUCCUCACCUCCACCUAAUCAACUCAAUGCCGGCCCAAAAGCGCUCGGCCGAAACCACCACUCCGCCUCCUUCUCCUCCGCCACCGCUUAACGAAGAAAAACUCGAUGAUUCGCUCCAGGACAGCGAGAAUCACAACCACGAGCAGACCGUGAACGCCAGCGAUUCCGAUGAGAGCUCUUACUCCAGUGGUGAAGAAAAGGACGAAUUUAUUGUGGUGAAGUUGGCAGAAAUACGCAAGGAAGUGCAGUGCCCAAUAUGUUUAGGUAUAAUUAGGAAGACAAGGACAGUCAUGGAAUGCUUACAUCGUUUCUGCAGAGAAUGCAUUGACAAAUCCAUGCGCUUAGGCAAUAAUGAAUGUCCAGCUUGCCGCACGCAUUGUGCCAGCCGCAGAUCCUUGAGAGAUGAUCCGAAUUAUGAUGCCCUAAUUGCCACUCUGUAUCCUGACAUUGAUAAGUAUGAGGAGGAGGAAUUGGCUUUCCAUGAGGAGGAGAAGGCUCGCAAUAAGCAGAUACAAGCUUCUAUUUCCCAAACAUUUCGUCGACAAGCUGAAGCACUAGGAAAGAAGCGAACAUCAGCCAGAGUCACAGCAGCAGCAUUUGUCAGGCGACAGGGUAAUUAUCGAAAUUUGAGAGGCCGGAGAAAUAGAAUGGCUGAGAAUCAAGGAUCUGAUGAAGAGGAAGGAACUAACGGAAAUGAUGGUAGCAAAGACUCGUCGUCAGCUGAUGAACGCUCUCCUGACAUCAAAUCUAAGAGAUAUAAAAGACGGCGAGGAGCUCGGACUUCACAAACAUCAGGAGCAAAUGCAGAUGGAGGUUCUGAUGAUAAUGAUUCUGAAACCAACAGAGAAUUAGUAAGCGCUUCAGUUGGAAUUAUUGGAGGUACAGAAAUUCUUGCCUGGGGAAGAGGUGGCAUGCGCAGUAACACCCGACAUGGUGGUCAUAGUUGGGCCAACAGCAAACUUUCCAGGAAUAAUCGGCUCUCAAAUCUAAUUGAUCAUCUCCAAUCUUCAAAGGAAAAUGAAGAGUUGAAAGUAAGUCUGACGCUUGUUUCAUUGCUUGAGGACAAAAUACCCAGCCUGAAGCGACCUUAUCUCUGCUGUAGUUCUCGAUCAUCAGUUAGACACUUAUGCCAGUAUGUUGCUAUGCAGACAUCUACGGAAGCUAGUGAAGUUGAGAUACUAAUAAUUAAAGAUUUUCAUCCUGUAAACAAUACUUCAAGUUUCAAAAAUGAGCCUAGCAUUCUAAAUGCUUGCCACAGUGAGUUGCAGCUUUUGAAUGAGCAUCAGACAUUGGGGGAAAUUCAUGGCAGUUUUACUCAGCAGAAUCUGGUUUUGGCAUAUCGGCGGAAGGCGCAAGGCGAAGGUAAUUGACUAGGAUGGAGCUUACAUCUCUCUCAAAGGAAGCUGCCAACUGUAUGCAGGAUUGAAGUCUGCUUUGGUAUAUUUAAAAGUUAGAUAUUUUGUACAUAUUACAUGCGGAGUCCUCCGAUAAUUAAAAACUCUUAUACAAUCAACUCUGGUGAAAGUUUA